UAUCCUCUAAUUGUGAUACUUCCACUGAGGAAAGUGGCUGGACCAUGUACUUUGAGGAAUUCUUUAAUGACCAUCAUCAUAAUAAUCACAAUUGUUCCAUGUCUUUAUCUGUUGUUGCUAGCUCCUCCCAUAUUGUCUCUGAUGCCACUUCCUUGGUAGAGAAAAAAAUUCCUAGUGGCGAACAUGUUGAGGAGCUUUCUUCUUUGAAUGAAAACGACAAGAGAUCAAGUUUCAAGAGGAGGAGGAAUAUUAUAGAAGCUUUGGUUGAUGAGGCUUUGGAAGACACAGCAACUUCUUGUCUCAAUAGUCCCAAGGAGAAAGGCAAUACCUCAGGACAAAAAGAAGGGCGAAAAGAAUUGAUGAGUUUUAAUAAUGAGAGGGAUAGCGACCGCACGGCGGAACAACAGAAGAGAGAUCUUUGCGUAGUUCCUUAGCCAAUGGUAGCAAAUUAACUAUCUUGGUUGAUUAGUUUUAUGUGAAUUAUUCAUCCAUCUCAUUGAAAUCUAGACUAUUUGGUAACAUUCAAAUAUGAUGAUGUCAUAAGUUAACUAUAUAUCUCAAAAGUUUGAGCGGGUGGGUGACAAAAUUUGUGAUUUUGAUACAUUAUAUUCACACACAC